AAUGUCAGCUUGAACGUAGGUCACGACGGUCACGUGACCGCUGUACAACACACGUUCAGUCUCUGUUCACCAUGGCGGACGAUAAAGAUGUGGCCGAAAAGACCAUCGCCGAAGAUUUGGUUGUUACCAAAUAUAAAAUGGCUGGGGAGAUAGUAAAUCGUGUACUCAAGCAGGUAUUGGACAAAUGCGUGGCCGGUGCAUCCGUUCGCGAAAUCUGCGAAUUUGGCGACAGUCUGCUUCUUGAAGAAACCGGCAAGGUGUUCAAAAAGGAGAAAGACUUGAAGAAGGGCAUUGCAUUCCCAACUUGUGUCUCAGUAAACAACUGUAUUUGUCAUUAUUCUCCUGUGCCUAGUGAAGCUGACUAUACUCUUAAGGAUGAAGAUGUGGCUAAAGUUGAUUUAGGUGCCCAUGUUGAUGGGUUUAUAGCUGUUGUGGCACAUACUGUGGUUGUGGGUGGUUCAAGUGACAACAAGGUGACUGGAAGGAAAGCUGAUGUUAUCCUUGCUGCUCACUAUGCAUCACAAGCAGCACUGAGGCUGUUGAAGGCUGGAAAUGAAACAUAUGCAGUAACUGAUGCUGUGCAGAAAGUUGCUGAAGCAUACAAAUGCAAACCAGUUGAGGGCAUGCUCAGCCAUCAGCUGAAGCAAUUCAAAAUCGACGGGGAGAAAACCAUUAUCCAGAAUCCGAGCGACGCGCAAAAGAAGGAGCACGAGAAGUUCGAAUUUGACAAGUACGAAGUGUACGCGAUGGAUGUACUUAUUAGCACCGGUGAGGGUGUUGGCAAAGAAGCCGACACCAGAGUGUCGAUUUACAAGAAAACCGACGAAAUCUACCAACUAAAAUUGAAGGCGUCGCGAAUGUUUUACAGCGAGGUGCGCACCAAGCAUGGCGUGAUGCCCUUCAACCUACGUGGCUUCUCGGCGGAAUCAAAAGCGAAAUUGGGCGUCGUAGAAUGUGUGAAUCACAAAUUAAUAGAGCCAUUCCAAGUUCUCUAUGAGAAACCGGCCGAAAUUGUGGCACACUUCAAAUUUACGGUUUUGUUAAUGCCCAAUGGACCUCAUAAAAUUACCGGCCUGCCACUGGAAACGGAUGUGUAUCAGUCUGCUCACUCGGUCACCGAUCCGGAGUUGAAGUCCUUAUUGAACAGCUCUGCUAACCCUAAGGCGGGGAAGAAGAAGAAAAAGAAGUCCGAGAGCGGCGAGCCCAUGGAAACUGAAGCGGCGGCAGCUUUCUGAGAAACAGUAUUUUGUAACAAUGUUGCAAAACGGUUGAGUGGUUAAGCCAUCCUUUCGAAAUCAGAAAAAUACAAUUUUUUAUAUAUAAUGAUAAAUUAGUAUAUAAAAGUGUGGAAAAUUAA